AUGUCUCAUUUCGACGAUGGACGAGAGUUUCUCAAUGCCUUCACUCCUGAGAGGAGCUUGGAAUUCUACCCCGAAGGCCGUCGUCCUCCAAAUGUCGUCCGCGAACAAUCAGAUGUUUCGAUUACGACAAAGUCUAAUAAUUACAACUACGGUAUAGACCUAGUCGAAGAAAACAACACUGCACUACUCUAUUCACAGCCAGAUACUAUGUUCCCUGGCUUUGUGGGCGGCGCAUUUGAGCCACACGGCGAGCCGAGCAAUACCGAAGCAGAUCUACAGCUAGAGAACGAAAUCGGAAUGGGGGCGGCAGAAGCCAUGUGCGAACAGAUUCACGAAGCGAUGCAGUCCACCGGGCCUACACACUCGAGACCAUGGCUUCCCUCUGGUGACUUGCACGCUAUCAGCCACCGGAACCGUGUCAGUGCCGUACUUCGACAACACUUCUCCGAGCCAACGCUGGGUCGCCUUACUGAUUACGUCUGCGGCACUGAAACGGGCGCACACAAGGGAGGUGACACAAGUCAAAGGAUCUUCGUCAUCCUGGUUCUGAUCCGCAGAAUUGAAACGUUACCGGCGCUCAUGAAGGAUGGUUUACGCGAUCGUGACCUACCUUUUGAGUGGCUCAACCCUGUAUCCCGGGAUCAACUCAUUAGUCCAAAGUCUCAAUUUGCGAACAAGGCUCUUUCUUGCUUCGAAAGAAGAGGAAAAGGAUUACUGAGAGAGUUCUAUGAAAAUCAUUGGAAGAUACUUGCUCCUAUUAUUGAUCGCGAUAAAAACGGAGAAGUGACGACGUUUCACUUGGCUGAAGAGGUCAUCAUGCCCUGGACUUUCAUUGGGGAUGAGAGAAAGGAGGGAAGUUUCUCUAUGGUCCGCAAAGUUGAGAUACAUCAAGAUCAUCAUUCUUUUCACAAUCACAAAGCAUUCGCCCUGAAAACCCUGCUUCAAACAGACCCUGACCAAGCAGAGGAUGAAUUCGAGCAAGAGCUCAAGGCCUUUACCAAAAUGGAACCGGGAGACCACAUUCUUGAUCUUUGCGCUACUUUCAAGAUUGGAGACAAGUACUCCUUCUUGUUUCCCUAG